ACGGCUAUGGUUUCCGUCUCUUGCUGCGCGUAGGAUCACAGAACUCGAACGCGCGGCGCCUCCCGCCUCGCCGCUCGCUCCCGCCGCCGCCUGCCUUACCGGUCCCAUGGCCGGCGCGCCGUCGAGGUGCCUCUUCGUCACUGGCCCGCCGGGCGUGGGGAAGACGACGUUGGUCAUGCGGGUGUUCGAAGCCCUCAGGGCCUCCCACCCGAACCUCACCAUUCGCGGCUUCUAUACCCGGGAGGUGAGGGAGAGUGGGGAAAGGGUAGGGUUCGAGGUUGUCACGCUCGAUGGCCGAAGUGGACCGCUCGCCUCAUCCAAGGUUUCCAGCCCAGAGUCUUUUCGAUGGCCUACUGUUGGGAAAUACAAAGUAGAUGUAGCAUCUUUGGAAUCGCUAGCAUUACCUGAGCUGCAGGUCAAGGAAGACACAGAUCUCUUCAUCAUUGAUGAAGUGGGUAAGAUGGAGUUGUUCAGUUCAGCAUUUUUCCCUGCUGUAAUGAGAGUUGUUGAAUCCAAUAUACCAGUGUUGGCCACCAUACCGAUUCCUAGAAAUGGCCGAGACAUUCCAGGAGUUGCUAGGUUGCGGAAUCAUCCUGGAGCUGCUAUUUUCACCUUAAAUACUGGUAACAGGGAUACGAUGAGAGAAACUAUCUACAAUCAGUUAAGCAGUUUGUUGCAGAAGAGCAUUUUGGACCACUGCUGCUAAGACACCUCAUAAUGGAGUAGGGCAUAUCCUAGAAGCAAGCAGCGACUUCACAUGACACAUGUUCCUAUGGGGGACUCUUGAUCUGAAUGAUCGCAGGGAAUUUUCACCCAAAGAGGCACAAUCUUUUGAUUGAGGUGGGCACAGAAUUAAAGCGUGGUGUACUGAUCAUGACACCCCUUUACAACCCACCGAGCCCCAUGCCCCCUUUGAGCCCGUCCGGGAAGAUGCCAUUAAACGCCAACGCUGUGAGUUUUGGUAACCUUAGAAAAUGGCAAGUGAGGCCAGGACCAUCUGAGCAGAGUUUUCAGUUUUAAGAACUGAAAGCUCCUUUAAACUUGUUGACAAUGUUUAGUUGAAGGCAGAAAGUGCAAGGCAAUCUCUCAGGAGAUACGAUACUCUGUUUUUGUCUAAAUAUAUUAAUGCUUAGGCGUGCACAAUAUAUAAAUGCAGACUUUUAGCUGCAGAUUAUCCUGUUUGUAAGCUGGAGCUGGAACCAGUGAAGAACUUCAAGGAAAUACACAUGCAGAUUUGCUGAUCCUCUACUUCAUA